AUGACGAGUCUCAAGCGCUCACUUGGAUCGGAUCCUCUCGCGUCAAAUAUAUCGAGUAAAGUCUACGUGCGCUCGACGAAAAGUGGCAAAGUCCAGAAAAUUGUUCGCGAAUUGUAUUUGCGACAAGAUAUUCCUUGCUCGUCGAAGCUAUGUACAGCUUGUUUGAAGACUGCGCCUAGAGAUGCUGCUGGUUUUUUACCCCCCUUCGUCCUCUCCGCCGCUCCCGCAGGCACGAAGAAAUACAAACAAGGCCACUACAUCAUCCCCGACACCAACGCCCUCCUCAACGCCCUCGACCUCUUCGAAACGAGCGCCGCAUUCUACGAUGUCAUAAUCCUCCAAACCGUCCUCGAAGAACUGCGCAAUCGAUCUCUACCCCUCUAUAACCGUCUCAUCGGCCUCACGAAAAGCGAGGACAAGAGAUUUUACGUCUUCUUCAAUGAUUUCAGACUGGAGACUUAUGUGGUUAGGGAGAAGGGAGAGAGUAUCAAUGAUAGGAAUGAUCGUGCUGUGAGGAGGGCGGUUAAGUGGUAUGAUGAGCAUUUGAUACAGGCUGUGAAGGCUGCUGGGGGUAGGAAGGAGAAGGUUCCUGCGGUAGUAAUGCUGAGUGAUGAUAAAGAGAAUUUGAGGAAGGCGAAGAAGGAUGGGGUGGAGGCUUGCUCGUUGAAGGAAUAUGUUGGGGGGUUGGAGAAUGCGGAAAAAUUGCUUGAUAUGAUCAGCGUUGUUCAGGAAAAUCGGGAAAUUAAGGAUGCGAAAACGGCGGAGUUGUUCUAUGAUGAGUAUUAUUCGGUUUCAAAGAUGGGUACUGGUGUUAAGAAUGGGACACUCCAUCAGGGGAUUUUUAACGUUUCGCCAUAUAACUAUCUCGAGGGCUCGAUCAAGGUUCCGGCUUUCGAUAAAUCAUUGAUCGUGCUGGGAAGGGAGAAUAUCAAUCGCGCGGUACAAGGAGAUGUGGUUGUGGUUGAGGUGUUACCAAAGGAGCAGUGGAAGGCACCUUCGACGAAGAUUAUUGAGGAGGAGAAUAUGAACAAGGACGAGAAUGCGGAUGCUGAGGAGGGAGAAUCGGUCGUCACAGAAAAGGAAAGGAGGGCGCUGCAGGACGAGGUCAAGAAGGUGCACAGUAAAACCUCCGAAGGACGGCCGCAGCCUACUGCAAGAGUUGUUGGCGUCAUCAAGAGGAAUUGGAGACAGUAUGUCGGACAUGUGGAUGAAUCGUCGGUCAGCAAGUCAGCGAAAGAAAGUCGGAAACAGCAAACAGUAUUUCUCAUUCCCAUGGAUAAGCGGAUACCCAAAAUUCGAGUCAGGACGAGGCAAGCUGGAGAGAUUGUCGGCAAACGUGUCUUGGUCACAAUCGAUUCCUGGGAUAGAGAUUCUCGACAUCCUGUUGGCCAUUUCGUGCGAUCCCUAGGAGAUUUGGAAACUAAAGGCGCCGAGACGGAAGCUCUACUCCUGGAAUACGAUGUUCAGUAUCGACCAUUUCCCAAGGCCGUGCUGGACUGCUUACCCGCUGAAGGUCAUGACUGGAUAGUACCUCCAAGCACAGAUGACCCUGGCUGGAAGGACAGAAGAGAUCUUCGCCAUCUUGAAAUAUGCAGUAUUGACCCUAUAGGUUGCCAGGAUAUCGAUGAUGCUCUACACGCUCGACCUUUACCGAACGGCAACUAUGAAGUUGGUGUGCAUAUUGCGGACGUGUCGCAUUUCGUCAAGCCAAACAACGCUAUGGACGCUGAAGCUAGUAUACGUGGAACGACUGUUUACUUGGUUGACAAGCGUAUCGACAUGUUGCCAAUGCUACUCGGUACCGAUCUUUGCUCGUUAAAGCCAUAUAUUGAACGUUAUGCCUUUUCAGCAAUUUGGGAAAUGACUCCUGAUGCUGAAAUUGUCAAAUCAGAGUUCACCAAGUCUGUCAUCAAAUCCAGAGAAGCUUUCAGUUACGAGCAGGCGCAAAUUCGCGUGGACGACAAGUCUCAGCAGGAUGAUCUCACUACAGCUAUUCGAACUCUUCUCAUGCUUUCUAAAAAGUUCAAGCAGAAGCGCAUGGAUGCUGGUGCUCUCAGUCUCUCAUCGCCAGAAGUCAGAGUUGAGAUGGAAUCUGAGACCUCGGAUCCAAUCGACAUUAAGACUAAGAAGCAUCUCGACACUAUGUCAUUAGUUGAGGAGUUCAUGUUGCUCGCCAACACUAGUGUCGCAGCCAAAAUCUACGAAGCAUUUCCACAAACCGCGAUGCUCCGUCGUCACGGCGCACCUCCUAAAACCAACUUCGAAGAACUCGCCAACCAGCUUAAAACCAAACGAAAUCUCGAUCUAAGAAUGGCAACCUCUAAAGAGCUAGCCGACUCCCUUGACACCUGCGUCGACCCUAAAGAACCAUUCUUCAACACCCUUGUUCGAAUCAUGGCAACUCGUUGCAUGAUGUCCGCUGAAUACUUCUGCUCCGGCACUCAAGCCUAUCCCGAAUUCCGCCAUUACGGUCUCGCAUCCGAAAUAUACACUCAUUUCACAUCACCUAUUCGUCGGUACGCUGAUCUCGUAGCUCAUCGUCAACUCGCUGCUGCUAUUGAUUAUGAACCUCUUCACGCUGCUGUACGCAGUAAAGGGAAGCUAGAGGCUGUGUGUAAAAACAUUAAUGUUCGUCAUCGCAACGCGCAACAAGCUGGUCGAGCCUCUAUCGAAUACUACGUCGGCCAGGCACUUAAGGGAAGGAUCGUAGAAGAAGAAGGGUUCGUGAUGAAAGUUUUCAGUAACGGCUUUGUGGUUUUCGUACCGCGAUUCGGUAUCGAGAGUUUGAUUAGACUACGGGAUUUGGCGGACGUAGAACCAGAAGGAGACUUUGAUCCCGAGAAUUGGACGUUGAGGACGAGUGGGAGUAGAGAGGUUAAGGUGGAGUUGUUUGGGAAGGUGGUUGUUCGGAUUAGUGAUGUGCUGGAGGAGGGGAGUGGGAAGAGGAAGGUUAAGCUUGAGUUGGUUAAGACGGGUGGGAAGUAG